UCCCAGGCUGAGGAAUGAAUCAGAGAAAAACCCUGUGUUCAGCUUUUGGACUGGUACCAGAAUCAGGACCCACGUUCUUAAGGUCAGCUACUCAAAAUGAACUGGAAACAUCUGAAUUUAUGCAGAAUGAGCAUCCUGACACACUAAAUCUGUCAGUGAGAAAUGGACAAAAAUAGAACCAAAUUCCAUCUCCAAAUUUGGACAGAACUGCAAUGUGUAGAUACAACUUUUGAGGUGAAUUCCAAACUGGUAUGUGGACUUCUUCACUAAGCUGUUUUGUUGCUGUUCGCACGGUGUCUGUUACGUGCAGGAUUGCAUAUUAGCAGAGGAAUAUUUCACUUCAUUAAACUCCUUGUUGGGACAUUUUGUUCAAUGGAGCCGUGAUUACCUACAGACUAUGACAACAGGAUUUGUGAAUGGAGGAGGUCUUGGAAAGCAUCGCUAUGCCAGGUGGAAUCGUGAGGACAGUGGAGAAGACUAUGGGCGUGAGGAGUGCUGUGGAGGAGAUGAAGAGGGCAGGCAGCAGAGGCUGACCCCAUUUGAGAAACUAAUGCAGGAUAUGUCCCACAAUGAAAAAGUGGUGAAAGAAUUAACCCUGGGAAAGAGAAUUGGCUUCUACCGAGUCAGAGGAGAAAUAGGAAGUGGGAAUUUCUCACAAGUGAAACUUGGAAUUCAUUCUCUUACCAGAGAGAAAGUAGCUAUUAAGAUUUUGGACAAGACAAAAUUAGACCAGAAGACUCAACGUUUGCUAUCUCGUGAAAUAUCAAGCAUGGAAAAACUCCACCACCCAAAUAUCAUCAGGCUGUAUGAAGUGGUGGAGACACUCUCAAAACUGCACCUGGUAAUGGAGUAUGCAGGAGGAGGGGAACUCUUCACUAAAAUCACUACAGAAGGAAAGCUAAUAGAAACAGAAUGCAAAAUAAUCUUCUCCCAGAUUGUUUCUGCUGUGAAGCACAUGCAUGAGAAUAACAUCAUUCAUCGGGACUUGAAAGCAGAAAAUGUUUUCUACAGCAGUAACACCUGCGUUAAGGUGGGAGACUUCGGAUUCAGCACAAUCAGCAAAAGAGAUGAAACUUUAAAUACUUUCUGUGGGUCUCCUCCUUAUGCUGCCCCUGAACUCUUCCGAGAUGAAAACUAUGUUGGCAUUUAUGUAGACAUCUGGGCACUAGGAAUAUUGUUAUACUUCAUGAUUACGGGGAUCAUGCCGUUUCGGGCAGAUACAGUGGCCAAACUGAAGAAGUGCAUUCUUGAAGGGACGUACAGCUUGCCUCCCUGCCUCUCGGAAGCUUGCCAGAAAUUGAUAAAAGGAGUCCUUCAGCCAGUACCAACAGAACGAUAUUCUGUCAAACUUAUUAUGAACAGUGAGUGGAUGCAGGGGAUACAGUACCCAAAACCUUUACAGCCUUUUAAACUGGAUCCUAAGUAUUUAUCAGAGAUCAACACACUCAAAGAGGAGGAAAUAGAAGUGAAAAAUGCUCUGAAAGAUCUGGGAAUCACAGAAGAACACAUUCAAAAUAACCGGGGAAGAGAUGCACGCAGCUCAAUAACAGGUGUCUACAGAAUUGUUUUACACAAAGUACAAAGGAAAAGGGCCCUUGAAUGUGUCCCUAUAAUGUCCCAUCCAGAUCCCAAGGAACAAGACAUAAAGAAAGGAAUCAGCUCUUGUAACGGUGUAAAGCACACAUCCAAGCUGUGUUCUAUUUUGUAAACCACACUGCAAGCUUUGAACUCAGCACACUUAACAAAGGGUUUUAUUCACUUUUCACAGGUUUUGGUGUUGCAUUUUUUCUAAUUUUUAAAUAAACCAAAUUGCCUCAUUUCCUUUGCAUUUUUCAGCUCACAUUUGAAGUGCUCAAAUGCAGAGCCCUAAUGUACUUGUUUGUCUCUUGCUCCAGAAACAUGGUACAACUAGUGCAAUAACUCAAGUAAAACAGAAAGAAAUUAUCAGUGGAAGUGAUCUUUUAAUAAAGAUCAAAUGGCAUUGCAUGUAACACACUUCGGAGAUCUCUCAGUACAGCCACGUAAUGGUUAACUUCUUGACAAGUUUUACCUUAGCUUGACACAACUAUACCACUGCAAACAGGACAGUUUUUGCAAAGAACCAAGUUCAAACAAAAAACUGACUGCAAAUUCUUAAAAGCAUCCUAAGCAAAUUAAACUUGCUAAAUUACAAACAAAAAAAUUCUAAUUACAUUUUAAUUAAAGAAAGAACAGUGCUGCUGUUGACUACAGUUCUUCAUUUGUCACAGUCCAAAGGCAAAUUCAGAUAUGCUACUGUAGCCCUGCAUGUAUGGUUGCAGUUUUUAGUGCCUAACUGGCUGGGUUACAAACCAUUAAUCUCCUGACAUCUUCCACAAUUCGUAUGAUUCUCACAGUCUCUAAAUGCUUGGAAUAGAGCUGCACUCCAAUAAAGAGACAGAUGUAAGCAUACUCUUAAACUCUGAAAUUCUUGCUUCAGCAGUAGAUAGCUGUAAGUAAAUUGAGGGUUGCCAAUACCAAAAUCUAGUUACAAGCUGUAUCAGCCUUCUGUCAUACUAUUUGGGCAUGAAGGUUAGUAGCAAAACUGAUUUUUAUAUUCUUGACCACUAGAAGUUAAAAGUUGGGUACCGUGACAAUUCCAAUUUUUCUGAGUGUCACCAAGAUGUUGCCAUGUCCCACCCUAUCUUCAUCUUUCAGGUAAUUUAUACUUUAAUCAACCAGCCCAAAUGCAGUAGCUUUCCUCUGAACAGGCACAACUGAAAUGCCUUUGCUAAGGCAGAGUCUGAAUGAUUUUAGUUAAGGUGAGUACAUUACUGAAAGGUUUAGAGAUACAUCUAGUGCUCUCGAAUAUAAAAGCAGAAUGCCUUGUCUACUACAGGGACUGAUGUUUCGUUGACCUUAAAAAGAGUGAGUAAUGUCAAUAAGCAACAGGAUGACUUCGAAAAACCACUUGUGGGAAACGGUUCAACUAGACUCAGCUAUGCAAAAAGCAGGAACCAAUCCCCUUUCACAGUUUUUGUGAGAAG